AUCUAUAGUCUCGUCUCGCAGUCUUGGAUUGUUUUGUUGCCAUUGAAUUGUCAGCGUCUUCAAAGAAGGGAACAAGAAACAACGUCCCUCUGAAGACUUUAUCCUAUCCAAGCCAUCAUUUCUCGCGUUGAGGGAUACUUGAUCAUUAAGGGAUCUCGCAGAUGUUUUCCAAUGUCCAGGUCGACAACGAGGUUCUCCACGGACGAGAAUCUGCAAAACACUUCGCCAUGCUCUUUGAGCGAGAGCGCAAAGGGUGGUCUUCGGUGCGAACGUCCUUCAAAGAGACUUCAUCCAAUACUGUGGUCAUUAGCUGGACGGGAUCAACCCCAUCGCAUUCCAGCAUUUUCAGGUUGAUGCUUGGAGAUAUCAUGGCUUGAUAAGUGGGAAAAGUGGGGGCGGACCAUCCUGAAAUUUCAAUCUGGCUAUUUGGAAGUUCUCGGUGACGGAUGGAGAAUGAGCGGAGAGGUUCGGCAAGACCGCCACGAAACUGGUCAGCAAUGGCUGGGAGACGUUUGGCCAAUAUCGUCCUGUCCUGCCAUUUAUCGCAAGUCAAUGGCUCGCACGCUAUCUCCACAAAACGUAAGGAGGAGGGAGGAAAUGAGAAGCAUAGAAGAUAAUUUGCGAUGCUCUCGGUGGAAUCGGUCAAUGAAAGGCGGCGAAGAUAGUUGAAACAAUGCUUUUGUGCAUUUCGUUCAUUGAAGGAACUUAAUGCGUUCUGGAGCAUGAGAUCUUCCAG